AAUAAACAUACAUAUUUACUUCAGUUAACCAAAAGGAAACAUUGUUAAUUCACUUUGGAUUGCAUUAUUCUGGUAUUGAAUAUUGAAUAAAUUAUAUACAUAUAUAAACAAUAUAAUAUAUAAACUACACUUCACUUCCCAUCUCUACACAUUAAAUCUGUGAAUUAAAUUUGUGAGGGAAUACAAUCAACAUUAAAUCAUAAAACAAUGAACAAAAAGAAUUUGUCAAAACCACCAUCUUUACGAAAAUCGUCUAAAACUGAAUUGACACCAGAACAAAUAAUGAAUCUUAAAACAGAACUUUAUCAAUUGGCUCAAUCGAAUAUUAUUCCUUUACCGAAUGAACCGGAUUUUGCAACAUGUGAUGAUACAUUAACUCGAUUUCUUGUGGCAAGAAAUUAUGUUGUUGAAGAUGCUUUUAAACAAUUGAAAACGGCAGUAGAAUGGCGUCGAGAAUAUCAGCCAUUGACAAUUCAAUGUAAAUGGUGUCAUGAAACACCAGGAUUUCAUUCAGUUCGACAAGUUGGGUUCGAUCGUGAAGGUAGACCAUUGAUGUAUGCUUGUUUUGCUCAAUGUCAAACAUUGAAAAAUAAUCCAGACGAUGUUGUUUGCCAUAUGGUUUAUCUUAUUGAACAUGCAAAACGAAGUAUACAAACCUCAGUGAAUACAUUGGUAUUUAUUAUUGAUUGUACAGGUUUAACUGUUGCUUGUUGUAAUCCGAAAAUUGGCAAGAAAUUUGUACAAACAUUUGCUGAUUGUUAUCCAGAAACUUUAUAUAAAUUUAUAUUAAUUAAUCAUGGUACAUUUUUUCAUGGUAUAUGGAAAGCAAUUAAAGUUUUUAUUGAUCCAAAUACAGUAAAAAAAGUGAAAUUAAUUCGUAAAGAAAAAAUUCAAAGAACAUUUAAUGAAAUGUUUACCCCAGAUACAAUAACAUGGUUAUUAGAUGAAAUGAAAUUAAAUAAAAUCAAUAUCACAGAAAAUCAAUUAAAAUUUUGGGAAUCACCACAUUCAUAUGAAUUACAUGAUCCACGUGGUACACAUGAAUAUAUUCAACGUUGUAUAGAACCAUUAAAAUUAUUCAUUGAACAACAACGACAGCAACAACAACAACAACACCAGCGACAGCAACCACAGCAACAGUCUAAUCAAAAAUCAUUUAUAUUAACAUAUGAUAAUUUAGGUUUAAAAACUCAUAUGCCACAUACAAAUAUUAUGGAUUGUUUAAAUAAAACAUUAAAACAAGUUAAAAUUCAAUCAUUUUAUAAUGGUAAAUAUAUUAAACCAAAUAAAGAUGAAUUACAAGCAUAUGGAGUUGAUAUCAAUGAUAAUCUAUCUGAAAUUAGUGGAGGAUCUGAAGAAUAAUAAUGAUGAUAAUAAUGAAAUGAUUUAAAAUAUGCUCCUUUUCAUCAAUUGAUCUUCUUUUAUUAUUAAUCUUAAAAUUCUAUUUGAUCUUUCUAUUCUGUUCAUUUAACUUCAAUGAUCAUUGUUCAAUAUA